UGUGUCAUGUUUGAGGAAGAGCAUCGGCAUUUGGCAUGCGAUUUACUUUGGGUAUCCAUGUGACACCGAUAACACAGCAUACAUCAUAACAGAACAAAUCCCUGGUGUUUCACAAUCAGAUAUAUGCUGGUGCAACACAGAAGCCAUGGGCAAGAAAGGCAAGAAAGAAAAUAAGGUGAAAGGAGCAGAGAAGACAGCCGCAAAACUGGAGAAGAAAGUUUCUAAAAGGUCCAAACGAGAUGAGGAGGAUUUGGAGGCCCUUAUUGCAGAGUUUCAGAGUCUGGAUGUAAAGAAGACCCAAGUCGUCGAGACAAAAUGCUCUCCUCCAUCACCAAGAUUGAGUGCAACUCUCUCUACCCAUCCUGAGAAAGAUGAACUGAUCUUGUUUGGAGGAGAAUUCUACAAUGGGAAGAAGACAUACCUGUACAACGAUCUGUUUUUCUACAACAUCAAGAAAAAAAGCUGGGUUAAAUCAGAAAUCCCAAACCCUCCCCCCCCACGAUGCGCUCACCAGGCGGUGGUUGUACCCCAGGGUGGGGGUCAGCUGUGGGUGUUUGGGGGAGAGUUUGCCUCUCCAAACGGGGAACAGUUCUACCACUACAAGGACCUAUGGGUGCUGCACCUUGAAACAUACACCUGGGAGAACAUUAAGGCACCUGGUGGUCCAUCAGGUCGCAGUGGCCACAGGAUGGUCCUUUGCAAGAAUCAGUUACUGGUGUUUGGAGGAUUCCAUGAAAGCACCAGAGAUUUUAUCUACUUCAAUGAUGUUCACUCUUUUUCCUUGGACACCUUCUCCUGGUCACGCCUCAAUCCAUCUGGCUCGUCCCCCUCCCCACGAUCUGCUUGUCAGAUGACCUCCAUGCCGGAUGGUGCGGGUGUCAUCAUCUAUGGGGGAUACUCUAAAGUGAGAGUCAAGAAGGAUGUAGAGAAGGGAACCAUCCACUCUGACAUGUUUCUUUUAAAGCGAGAGGGUAAAGAUGGCCAAGAGAAGUGGUUGUGGUCCAGAGUAAACCCCUCUGGCAACAAGCCCCCUCCCCGCUCUGGUUUUUCUUUGGCGGUGGGACCAGCAGGGCGGGCAGUACUGUUUGGAGGGGUUUGUGAUGAGGAAGAGGACGAGUCUCUGGAGGGGGACUUCUACAAUGAUCUCUACCUGUAUGACACAGUGAAGAACCGCUGGUUCCCAGGCCAACUCAGGGGAAACAAGUCAGGAAAAAAGAAAAGACGAAGGGGUGUGAAGGGUGGAGCAGAGGAGGAGCAAGCAGAGAAGGAGGAAGAGGUGAGACCUCAAGCUCCCACAGAGGUUGUCAAAGAGAUCAUGACAGAGGAUGGCACGGUGAUGACUAUCAAGGAAGUGCUCCCCGGAGCUCAGGAGGAAGAGCAGGAGGAUGAGGAUGAAGAAGAGGACGAGGAUGAUGAAUCCGCCUCAGCUGCCUUGGUUGAGCCAUGUCCGAGGUCCAGCGCCAUGGCAACAACACGUCAAGGGAAGCUCUUUCUGUACGGGGGAAUGUUCGAGGUUGGCGAUCGCCAGUUCACCCUGAAUGACCUAUACUGCCUCGACCUUCAUAAGAUGGACCAGUGGGAAGUUCUAGUCGAAAUGGACCCAAAGACACAGGAGUGGCUUGAAGAGUCAGAAUCAGAGGACGAGGAGGAGGAGGAGGAAGAGGCCCAGGGAGCGGAAGGGGAGGAAGAAAAGGAGUCUGAGGAGGAAAGCGAGGAUGAAGAAGAUGAAGAAGACCACCCUGAAGUGAAGAAGGAAGAGACAGUGUCUGAAUACCAGAUUCGUACAGAAGGGUACUGGAUAGGUGUGGCUCGUGCCAACAUGGGUCCAGACGCCAAGGACAAAAAGGUUGCCAAGGUUGCCCUUGCCAUGGCUAAAGUCUUCUAUGAGGAGCAGUAAUGCAAUUGCCAAUUCUUUAAGUGACUUUGAGUGUACUAUUUGUGUAAAAUAUUUUUUUGUAAUAAUAAAACGUGAUAUGAACUGUACAGCAAAUAAUUCAACAAUGCAUGUUGACUUACAUUGAAGUUGAAAUGAAAAAAACAAAACAAACAUCAACUUGACAACCAAAAACUGCAAUUUGUAUAAUGGUUUAUAUCUCUUUGUGAAUAUAACAUACUAAAGGAACUCGUAUUAUGGUUUCCCUUGAUUUGAAAGAAAAUCACUAUUUCUCUUCUCAACCUAUUAAACAUUUUAAAUAUUUACCUGUAUUGCCUUAACUUGAAGCAAACUUUGUUGCAGGUGAUUAAUAAAGCGUAAUAGUGUU